GGUCGGCAGUUGGCUUCAGCACUCAGUGAAGAAGACCCGUUGUUGUGGAGAGGAAGAAAGCCUCAGAUAAUUCGAGCAACGUUAAACGUACAAAACCACGAGCGUUACACACCGUUAUUUUUCUUAUUUUUUAUUUUUUAUUUUUUUUAAAAAAAGCGGGUCGUUUUCCUCCAACUUGUUUUCGCCUUUGUGUUUAGCUUAACAUGGCUUGUGGAGCAACGUUAAAGCGGUCGAUGGAGUUUGAGGCCCUCCUCAGUCCCCAGUCUCCCAAGCGGAGAAGGUGCAAUCCACUACCGGGGACUCCUGGCACUCCGUCCCCGCAAAGAUGCAACCUCCGUCCCCCAGUCGACAGCCCAACGCAUUCGAUGUCUCCUCCGGCCAUAGGAGGCGAACACAGGCUCACCCCAGAGCAGAUCUUCCAGAACCUCCGUCAGGAGUACAGCCGGAUCCAGAGGCGGCGGCAGCUGGAAGGGGCCUUCAACCAGACCGAGGCCUGUAGCUCCAGUGAUGCCCCCAGCCCCAGUUCCUCCCUCAACGCUCCCAGCUCCCCACCAGCCAUGUUUAGGUCUGUGCAGUCACGCCAACAUCAGUUACGAAUGAUAAGGUCAUUCAUUCUGCAAGGCCUGCCAAAAGACCCUUGGCUGGACCUGCAUGACCAACACAAGUCUCAAGAGGCAGGCUACUGCUGCUCAUCAAAACAAUCACAUGGGCAGAGGGAUUGUGAUUCCAGAUGUGCCUCAAGGAAGGAUCAGCCCUCGUUUACGCUGAAGCAGGUGAGCUUCCUGUGCGAGCGACUUCUUAAAGACCACGAGGAGAAGAUCCGGGAGGAGUACGAACAAAUCCUUAACACAAAACUCGCAGAACAAUAUGAAUCUUUUGUGAAAUUCACACAAGACCAGAUCAUGCGAAGAUACGGAGCCCGGCCUGCUAGUUAUGUCUCCUGAACUCACAUCGAUGAGAUUCCCAGCUUCCUCUCACAAGAUGGCUGCUCUUCUACUUCCCCUUUCCACUUGAUUUGGAUUUUAUUUACCAACCCCCCUCCCUCCCCCCUCCAAUCUCAAAACUGUUUGGGUGCCAUGGUUUAUCUUCUUUUUAAUCGAAAAGUUGAUUUCUUACUUCGAAACUAUUGCUGCUGGCCAAAAGUUAGAAGAAUCUAAAAGACAAACUAUGUAUGAAACCCACUCUUCUUUUUUUUUUCUUUUUCUUUUUGCCCUUUUUCUUGUUGAUAUACACUUUCUGGAAAUCCUGACUUAAGCAGAUCUGUGUCAAAUCUCUUGCCGGCGCUGUAGAAAGCUUAUUGGCUCAUGUGAUCAUCCUGUAUAACCUUCCAGCAGCUGUAUUUAAAGGCUCCUGCUUCUCACAUUGUCCCACUUUUCUUGCCCUCCCUCCUCCCCUCCCCUCCCCUCUCCCCCUCACAACUCUUUACCUGAGAAUGUGGAUUUUUCUCCCUUUUGAAAAAAAUAAAAGUUCUGUGAUUAAAA